AUGGAUCCAAAGCUCACAGAAGUAUCGCAGCUAUUCGAGCGAUUCAAAGCGGCAUGUACGAGAGAAGAUUUCGAUACUUCGACGAAUCUGCUUUCUCAGCUCAAGGUUUUGUUGACAGGAUUUCGAAGCUUGCCGCCGUUGUUUGAAGGUACACGUAAUGCUGUUCAAGAAUUAACAAUAGCAAGGGAUAUAUAUGAACAUGCUGUUCUUUUGAGUGUGAAGAUUGGGGAUCAGGAUGCCUUCGAAAGGGAUUUCUUUCAGUUGAAGCCUUAUUAUACUGAUGCUAGUAGCCGUCUUGCUCAAUCUCCUCAGGAGCAUAUGAUCUUGGGUCUCAACCUCUUGAGACUCUUAGUCCAAAACAGAAUUGCUGAAUUCCAUACUGAAUUGGAAUUGCUCCCUACUGGUGCUUUGGAGAAUCCUUGCAUCACACAUGCUGUGGAGUUGGAGCAGUCUUUCAUGGAAGGGGCUUACAAUCGUGUGUUAUCUGCAAAACAGAAUGUGCCAUACAAGACUUAUGAUUAUUUUAUGGAUCUCUUGGCGAAGACUGUGAGGGAUGAAAUAGCUGGAUGCAGUGAGAAGGCAUAUGACUAUCUUUCAAUAAGUGAUGCCCGCCAAAUGUUGCUCUUCUCUUCUGAUAAUGAACUUUUGGAGUACAUCAAGGAGGAGCAUCCUGAAUGGGAGAUAAAGGAUGGCUGUGUAUUUUUCCAGAAGGCGAAAGAAUCUGCUCCCUGCAAGGAGAUACCAUCUCUACAACUCAUCAACCAGACAUUGAGUUAUGCUAGAGAGUUGGAGCGGAUUGUUUGUCCGGCAGUUCGUGCACGAGCAUAUGCCCGCGGCAAUCAGGAGCCAGUGGGUAUAAUAGCGUCUUCUAGCCAUUUGAUCAAGCAAGAGGCCAAAGAACUGAAGGGAAUUCCACGUUUUCUAGCUAAAUCUCCCAUGUCUUUAUAUGGAUGUUACAAAGAGCCAGGCUUUAUUGUCAUGGAUAGCAAGACCUCAUCCUCUUCAGUAAAUGGUCCUCAAGAACCUUCCAAUCAUGAUGAACUUUUGAUGCAGCAGAGCUUGCUCUUUUCUGAUACUCUCAAGGACUUGAAGAACCUUAGGAAGCAGCUAUACUCAGCAGCAGAUUAUUUUGAAUUAGCUUACUACAAAGAAGACCAGAAACAACUAGUGGUGGAGACCUUGAAAGAUUAUGCCAUCAAAGCGUUGAUCAAUACAGUUGACCACUUGGGUUCUGUAGCGUACAAAGUUAACAGGUUUUUAGAUCAAAAGACUGGGGAAGUUUCAGAGGUGGAUCUUCGAUUCUCAUGCAUCGAACAGGUGCUCAAGCAACAAUCAAAGGAACCACUUCCUCUUUCUUCAGCGAAAGGCAUUCUAAAUUACGGUCUCCGCAAUUCUACUCAAGACAAGGAACAUUUACGUUCACAAGGACUUCAACCAACAACAAACCUGUGUCCAUCGGAGCCUCGGAGAUCAAUUUCAUUGUCCAUGUAUUCAGAAAGAGAUAAGGCCAAAGACAGUGAUCAACAAAUUUCUGCCAAGAGCAAACGCCUGGUUAAGGCCUUGCUCAGCAUGCGCAAAUCAAGAAAGGAAGGCUCCCUGUAUAAAUACUUGGAUGAGAUUUGA